AUGGGUGAACGACUACCUGAGGACUGGAUAUUACAGCCCAAUAAGGUUAAAAUCAACGCAUAUCAGGAAUACUUCCCCAAAAUAAUAGGUAAACGUCAACUAGACUAUAAAUGCCAAAAUAAUGACUGCGAUAGAAUGUUCGCAACAGUCAAAGAUAUGAAUAGACAUUAUAGAAAUGAUCAUCAAAAUAAAUCCAGUAGAGUUUUACCUUACAAAUGUCCCCUAAAUGACUGUAAUAAAACGUACAAAACUUUGGGCUGGCUUAAUAAACACAUUCAGUCGUGUCACCCACAUCACAAAUCACCAGUAAAAGAAACUAAAAUCAAAAUGACUAAAAAUAAUUCCAUAAAUAAUGUAAAUAGAUGUCCAUACCCUGGCUGUACUAAAAGUCUCCCAACUAAGAAAGGUAUAAUCAAUCACUGCUAUGUAGUACAUAGAUGGUCAGCAAUCACCGGACAGGAAGUAAAACCAAAAACAAUCUUAGGGAUUUUUAUAAAUAGAAUAAUUAAGACAGAAAACCAAAACGAUAAGGUGGCAGAUAAACUGAAAGAAAUAGUUAACACAGCAGCGGUUCUAUAUCAUAAAGGGACUCUAGAAGAAUCUUAA